UUUAUAUAUUAGUACAUUGAUCGCUAUAAACAUUCGUACUUACAACUCAAAAUAAUAUCGCAACAACAAGUUUUUGAGUUACUAGAUUUUCAUCUCUGCUGAUUAACAAUUCCUAGAGUUAGCUAUGGCUUUUCAUUGUGACCAUCUCCUCAUUCCGGAUACCAGAUUGAAUAUACGUCAUUUUGCUGGCUCUCAAACCAGCACCAAGCCACCGGAAGCAAGGCGGUCUGCCAAUUAUCGACCAAAUGUAUGGGAUCCCACAUUCGUGCAGUCUCUGACUAGUGAUUUCAAGAGUCGUAUAUAUAGUAAUAGAAUUGAAAAGCUGAAGGAAGAUGUAAGGGGAAUGUUUGACGAAGCCAGUGGAUCCUCAUCUUUAUUGACGUUGAUAGAUACAAUCCAAAGGUUAGGACUAGAUUAUCACUUUCACGAUGAGAUCAGAAGCGCCCUGGACACCAUUUACAUAAAUAAAAUGGAAACUCACAGCAGUUUUCAUGAUUAUAAAGACGAUUGGUCUGUUAGAGCUCUAAGAUUCAGGCUCCUUCGACAGCAUGGUUACGAAGUCUCUCAAGAUGUGUUUAAGCGCUUCAAAGAGGAGAGCUAUAGCAUGGAUGUCGAAGGACUUUUGAGUCUGUAUGAAGCUUCAUUCUAUGCUUGCGAAGGCGAAGAAAUCUUGAACCAAAUUCAAGAGUUCACAAGGAGACAUCUCAAGGAUUAUACCAAGGGAGGAAAUGAUGAUGAAAUUCAUAGUACGUCGAAAAAUAUCAAAGACGAGAUUAGUCAUUCAUUAGAGCUUCCUUUGUUGUGGAGAGUACCGAGAAUGGAGGUCAGAUGGUGCAUAGAGAUGUAUCAGAUGAAGCAAGAUAUGACCCCUUCCUUGCUUGAAUUGGCUAAGUUGGACUUCAAUAUGGUGCAAGCAACAUAUCAACAAGAACUUAAAUACGCUUCAAGGUGGGGGAGGGAUUUGGGCCUUAACGAAACACUAAGCUUUGCAAGAAACAGACUAGCAGAGUGCUUUUUAUGGUGCACGGGGCUUUGGUCUGAGCCUAAGUUUGGAAACGUGAGGAGGCAACUCACUAAAGUCGGUUAUUUGGUUAGUGUAAUUGAUGACGUUUACGAUGUUUAUGGUUCUCUAGAGGAGCUCAAGCUAUUCACAGAAGCAGUUGAAAGAUGGGACAUAAACACAAUAGAAAACCUUCCACAGUACAUGAAGAUAUGUUUCUUCGCUCUCUACAACACUGUCAACGAGAUGGCCUUCGAGAUUCUUAAAAGGGAUGCUUUGGAUGUCCUACCGUGCUUAAAGAGAAAAUGGGAAGAAUUCUGCAAAGCACUGAUGGUAGAGGCAACAUGGUACUACGGUGAAUCCACACCAACAUUAGAAGAGUAUACAAAAAAUGGGUCCAUUUCUGUAGCAGGACCUUUGAUAAGCCUUCAUGCUCAUUGUCUGUCAGGAGAUAAUGAGAUUACAAAAGAAGCGCUAAACUGGACGGAUAACAACCAGCACUACUCUGAUCUCACCUAUUGGGCAUCUAUGAUUUUCCGACUUGCCAAUGAUUUGGGAACAUCAAAGGAUGAGCAGGAAAGGGGUGAUGCUCCAACGUCGAUUCAAUGUUGCAUGCACCAAACUGGUGCCUCGGAAACUAUUGCCCGUGAACAUAUAAGAUAUCUAAUUAGUCUGUCGUGGAAAAAGAUGAAUAAUAUUCUGUCAUCACGCUCUGGUCACCUCCCAAGUUCGUUCAUCAGUACUGCACAAAAUCUUGCUCGCACUAGUCUGUUCAUGUACCAACAUGGAGAUGGGUUUAGUAUUCCCGAUCGUGAAACAAAAGACCGGAUUGCAUCUAUAAUUGUUGAACCCAUUCCGGUUAGAGGGAUUGAACGUUUAGAAACAAAAUGUGUAUUCUAAUUCUUAUUUUGUGGCUUCACAAAGCAAGAUCCAUAACAAAUUUGUGAAUAUGGAUCUACUUUGCAGCUGUUUAGGCUUAGUCUUAUGGGCUAGAUUGGAGGUGCUUGAUUAGCACUUAAGUGUUGUAAUUCAAAAAAAAAAAGUGUGGCGAAAAAAUUAACACUAGUUCUCUCUCCUACCAGUUGCUAGCAUGUGAACUAGCAUGCUAGAUAUUUUCGCUGAAUGAUUCAGCGCUGGAAAAAAUACAUUUUCGCGGAA